UUUGAGGUUGGGAUUUGAGGCUGGCUAGGUCCUGGGGCGUCUUUUGAGAAUGGCAGUUUUUUUAAAGCAUUUCCAGGAGGGUAGGAGAUUCUAGAUUGGCUCCCCAAGAAAGAGGUUUGCAGCAGUUCCUUUGACCCUGUGAGACCUGAACCGUCCUGGGUUGGUGAGAGGUUGGCAGCUUACAAGGUGAAAAGGACUCAGGGAGGGGAUGGCAACUACAGAAUUGACAGGCAGACCCCCAGGUGAAGUGAGAAGGGAGGUCUCAUAGGCUCAGUCUAUUUCUUAGACCUCACCCAGAACCAAACUCCCGCACACACCAUGAUCUGGACCCCCGCAUCUCUGCUUCUUGCUACCAUUAUUCUCAGUAGCUUUCCCAAACUAGGCUUUGGGGGGCGACCAAUGGCUAAACUGGCAUCCAGGAAGCUGUGCGCGGAUGAAGAAUGCAGCUACCCCAUCUCUCAGGCCAUUGCCCUGCAAGAUUAUUCAGCCCCAGACUGCCGCUUUCUAUCUGUGCAACAGGGCCAGGUCGUCUUUGUCUACUCUAAGCUGAUGGGCCGAGGUCGCCUCUUCUGGGGAGGCAGUGUUCAGGGGGAGUACUACGGGUCCCAGCCUGCCCAUUUGGGCUACUUCCCAAGCAGCAUUCUUCGAGAGGACCAUGUCCUGAAGCCAGGAAAGGUGGAGGUGAAAACGGAUAAAUGGGACUUUUACUGCCAGUGAGUCCAGGCUGCCGCUGCCCCUGCUGGAGAAGCAGAUGCUAGCUAGCACUGAGCCCCAGGACGUCUGCUUCCCACCCUCUCCAUUGUGCCCCUUGCCUAGCUUUGUGCCAAUAACACCCGUGUGCAGCAGAGAACCCGUGGCGGUGAUUUUGUGUGUGCGCGUAAGCAUGUGUAGGUGCAGGGUUGCGGGACACCCUGAGCCAGCCUUUGUGACCGUCACUAGUUGCCAGGUAGACUUUCUCUUUCAGAGGGCUCCGGGGACCCGGCUAUUCUUGACUUUUUCCGGCGGGGCAUCGGAAAGAAACCAAUCAGAAGGUGGGGGUGUGGCUAGGCCAAUCGGGAGGGAGGAGCCAGGAAGGAAGAGAUUUAGGGCUGGGAGAACUGACUCAAUGGAUGCCAAAGUGGGCGGGGCCCCAAUGAGAACAGGCCAAUCCGGUUUCGAGACAGGGUCACCAUCACUCAAUAGGAAGCCUCUUGGGGAUCACCGAGCCAAUCAGAAAAGUCCCUAGGUGAGAGGCCGCUUCUCUUGGUUGCACUCAGGGUUCAGUGAUGAUUCUGGAUCAGUCGUCACGGGGGUGGGGCGAUCGUGUUGCCCUUUUCUGUGCUCUUGUCGCCGCUCCUGGUCUCCUGCUUUUUCUGGGCUAGUCCCGGCCUUGUCCUCGCCCCCUUCGUAUGCCUCUUGGCUAAUCGCAGGUUCCGGCUUCCGAGUCCUUUCCUCUUCGCCGAUCCCUGGCCGUCCUCUCGACCCCUUCAAUUCAUCCCUGGUCCAUCCCGGGCCGUGGCAGGCCCCUCCUCCUGCGCUCGAAAUCCCGUCCCUUUAGCGGUCCCGCCUCCUGCUCCAGAGCCCGCCUCCUUCUCCCUCCUGACCAAUCGUGGGCCGAGAUUCCCCCUUUUCCCCAUCCAAGGCCCGCCCUACUCCGGUCGCCCACCCUCUCUUGCUGGCUCUGCCAAUCCACGGCGUCCCCCCUUCCCCCUUCCUUGGCCAGGACUAAUCAAGCGCCAAGAUUAGGGCCCUGCCCACUUUCUCCGGCCCCUUUCCACGGG